UUACUAUCAUAACCUUGAUCUCUUGAUCCACACUUCAAUUGAUAAUUCGUAUUAUUACUGUAAUUAAUUUUAUUUAAUAGCCGGGAAGUGAUUUUUUACAAAUAUGAGCACUGUUGGAAAGGUUAUCAGUUGUAAAGCUGCUGUGGCUUGGGGCCCUAAAGAAGACUUAAAAUUUGAAACUGUCGAAGUAGCACCUCCCAAGGCUCAUGAAGUGAGAAUUAAGAUUUUAUAUUCUGCUGUAUGUCAUACUGAUGCUUAUACACUCAGUGGGCAGGACCCUGAGGGACUCUUUCCUGUUAUCUUGGGGCAUGAAGGUGCUGGUGUUGUUGAAAGUGUUGGCGAGGGAGUCACCAACUUAAAACCAGGUGAUACUGUAAUUCCCUUGUAUGUUCCACAAUGUGGUGAAUGCAAGUUUUGCAAGUCACCAAAAACUAAUUUAUGCCAAAAAAUUCGCGUUACUCAGGGUCAGGGUGUUAUGCCUGAUGGAACAUCCAGGUUUACUUGCAAUGGAAAACAAUUGUAUCAUUUUAUGGGAACCUCUACUUUUAGUGAAUAUACUGUUGUUGCAGACAUAUCAGUUAGUAAAGUUGAUGAAAGGGCUCCUUUAGAUAAGGUAUGCUUACUGGGUUGUGGAGUAUCAACAGGUUAUGGGGCUGCCUUAAACACCGCCAAAGUAGAAAAAGGUAGCACCUGUGCGGUUUGGGGUCUUGGAGCUGUAGGUUUAGCCGUUGGGCUAGGUUGCCAAGCUGCAGGAGCUUCAAGAGUUAUUGGAGUUGAUGUUAAUCCAUCCAAAUUUGAAAUAGCUAAAAAGUUUGGGUUUACCGAAUUUGUAAACCCCAAAGAUUAUGAAAAAUCAAUUCAAGAUGUUUUGGUUGAAUUAACUGAUGGUGGGCUUGAUUAUACUUUUGAGUGUGUUGGUAAUGUAAAUACAAUGCGAUCUGCCUUGGAGGCUUGUCAUAAGGGCUGGGGGGUUUCUACAAUAGUUGGAGUGGCCGGUGCUGGACAAGAGAUUAGUACAAGACCCUUCCAGCUGGUUACUGGAAGAGUUUGGAAAGGAACUGCGUUUGGAGGAUGGAAGAGUGUGGAAAGUGUUCCUAAAUUGGUUCAAGAAUAUUUAUCCAAAAAACUAAAGUUAGAUGAAUUUAUUUCUCAUCAAUUACCGUUUUCUGAUAUCAAUAAUGCUUUCCAUUUAAUGCACACUGGAGAAAGCAUCCGUACUGUUUUAACCAUUUAGGAUUUGAUAAUUAUUAAAUAUUAUUACAAAUUUUGUAAUACUUUGGUAUCAAUA